AUGAUGGACGUCCCUGAACAGUCUUAUCUCUGCUUUCCACAGCUGAACUCUUCCUGCAGGAAGCCAACCAAUCCUGACCAACAGGCCUCGUUCCUUUACGUUGUGCUUUCCUGCAUUUCUCUCGUCACUGUGGCUCUUAACCUGCUCGUCAUCAUCUCCAUCUCUCACUUCAGGCAGCUCCACUCUCCCACCAACAUCCUCCUCCUGUCUUUGGCUGUCACUGACCUCCUGGUGGGCUUCAUGCUGAUGCCAGUUGAAAUCAUCUACACAGAGGCGUGCUGGUAUCUGGGUGAAACGCUUUGUGUGCUGUAUUAUGUUGUAGACUACACUAUCACCUCGGCCUGUGUAGCCAACAUGGUUCUUAUAUCAGUUGACCGGUACAUAGCUGUGUGCAACCCUUUGCGUUACUCCUCCACAGUCACAAAGAGAAGGACACAAGUUUGUGUUUGUCUGUGUUGGCUUUGUUCUCUACUCUAUAGGUUCAUCCUUCUAUAUGAGCCCUUACAGCAUCCAGGAAGGUCUAACACCUGUUUAGGAGAGUGUGUGGUUGUCAUAGAAAACAUUGCUGGAGUUGUCGACCUCGUUUUCACUUUUGUUUUGCCGAUCACCGUCAUCAUAGUUCUGUACUUUAGAGUUUUUGUGGUUGCAUUGUCUCAGGCUCGCGCCAUGAGGCUUCAGACUGCAGCUGUGGCAGCCAGACCUCCAGGGGCUGUUGCUGUGAGGAAGAAAGAGCUGAAAGCAGCCAGGUCUCUGGGCGUUGUGGUGCUGGUGUUUCUGCUCUGCUUCUGCCCGUACUACUUCCCCACGCUGGCAGGAGAAGACACUGCUGUGGACGCUGCGUCUGUGGCCGUGCAGAUCUGGCUGACACACUUUAACUCCUGUGUGAACCCUGUCAUCUAUGCCUUUUUUUAUCCCUGGUUCAGAAGAUCUAUAAAGCUCAUUCUGACGCUUCAGAUACUGAGGCCUGGCUCGUGUAAUGCCAAAAUAAUAUAGUGCCAUAAAUUAAUAAUUUUAAUUGACCAUGUUCUGCAUUAAAGGUGAAAUGCAAUAGCAUAAAUGUCUGUAGAUGCUUAUUCUGCACCUUAAGCUGUAUUAUGUACAUUACAAACAGAACGCACAGGCUUUUAUCUAUGAAGCCAUGCAACAAAGCUUGAUUCAUUGUACUUUAUAAACAUGAAUCAAGAUGAAUUUGUCCCAUUUCUCUGUUGACCGAGGCAUCUUUCAUGUGUGGGCCUGACUUUCUCACUUUCUCUUAAACUGAGUUGGCUUCUGUGUGUGAAAGUGACAAAUAUCCUGACUUGUGAUACAUACAAUAUGAGUGUGAUAGUUGUAUUUACCCCCUCCUCUUUGUAGGAGGACUAAAUGCAAGAUUUUACUUACACCACUGAUGAAAAUGUGAAAAAAAUCACUUGACUUCUAGUACAAUAUAUGUUGUUUUUCAUAACCUAUUGUCUACUGCAUGAAACACUAAAUAAUAUAUUAAUGUCUUUGCAUUUAGUUGGAUGAAAAAAUAUUUUAGGAGACCAGACAGUCAAUGCAAAAACAGUUAACUAAUUAUUAAAUCACUGUCCAGAUCUUGUAAAGAUUAAACCACUGAUAUUUGUGGGCUGCUUUAAAAUCCUAACACGAAAACGAAAACCUGUACAAAGUCACAGGCUGUUCAACACAUCAUUGUCAUUUUCUCUAAUCUUGACCAAUUCUUUUUCAAUUAAUAAUAAUUAUUUGACAUAGAUGUGACGAGUAGAUUUAGUUUUACCACAAACAUGU